GCCCCGGAGCCGCGCUUGCCCCGCCCGGGGCGGGCCGGUGCCGUUGCCGCGGCAGCGGGCGGUGACGUGCGGAGGGAAGCGGCGCCAUGGGCGGCUCGGCCAGCCUGAUCCCGCGGGACUUGCUGAGCGAGUACCAGGAGCUGACGUUCCUGAGCAAGCAGGAGAUCUUGCUUGCCUACAAGAGGUUCAGUGAGCUGCUGCCGAAGGAGGAGAGGGAGAACGCCUGCUCCGCGCGGGUUCCCAAGAGCCAGAUCCUGACGCUGCCCGAGCUGCGGGCAAACCCCUUCCAGCACCAGAUCUGCCACGUGUUCUCAACCUCAGAGAGCGGGGAUGACAGCAUGUCGUUUGAAGACUUUCUUGAUAUGCUGAGUGUCUUCAGCGAUUCUGCCACCUCUGACAUCAAAUCCCACUAUGCCUUCCGCAUCUUUGACUUUGACAACGAUGGGAUUCUGGACAGGAAGGAUCUGGAGCAACUGGUGAACUGCCUGACAGGGCAAGGCGAGGAGUCCCAGCUGAGCAGCGCAGAGAUGGAGCAGCUCAUCCAAAAUAUCCUGGAGGAGUCCGACAUCGACAAGGACGGCACCAUCAACCUCUCCGAGUUCCAGCACGUUGUCUCCCGCUCCCCGGACUUUGCCAGCUCCUUCAAGAUUGUCCUGUGAGCCCUGUGGCGGUCCAGCAGCACUCCUCCAGCUCCUGCAGCACUCCUCCAGUUCCUGCAGCUCUUUGUGGGCUCAGUCAUUUCCUCUUUCAGGGAGCACAGGCCCAGCCCCUCAAUGGCCUGGCUGUGCUGCAAUGCCUCAGGCAGGAACCCUCCAGCUUCCCUCUCAGGUGCCUGCUUGGCAGCAGGGGGUGCCAGGAAUCUGCCUCUCCUGCAGCACCUCUGCUGUCCUAGCAAUAGAAUUUAAAUCCUUAUGCAUUCCAAGGGCAGCUCUGCAGGUGAGGGAGGAAGAGCUGCUCCUGCCUGGGGCCACUCUGCACCAGCACAGCCCCUCUGUGCCCUCAGGACAAAUUCCUACUUUGUGCCUUCCAGCAGCAGGCAGGGAGCUGCCUCCCCUGCCAGGGUCUUCCUGCCUCUCCUGUAUUUCUGGGAGCCUGCCUGCUGCCACAUGGAUCCAUUUCUCUAAGCAAUAACUGAAUGCGGAUCCUCUGAGCAAUAACCAAAAAGCGGAUCAAUUUUUACAAGCAAUAACCCAAACAGGAAUUCUUUCUCUGAGCAGUCACCCAGGAGUCACUGAACAGGUGCCACCCCCCAGCAGAGCUGUCCCCCCACGGCUGUGCUCAGAGCCUGCACUCCUCCUCCUCCUCCUCCUCCUCCUCCUCCCUCCUUUCUGUCUUUGCCCUCUUCUGGCUCCAGCACAGCAGCUGCUCUGCCGCCCUGGCCUCUUCCUCCCCCAUUCCCUGUGAGGACACAAUUAAAGGGCUCCGGUUUCA